CUUUAAUUAACUCAAAGACACCUAUCCCAGGACUGCAAAGAAAAUGAGGGAGUGCAUUUCCGUCCACAUUGGCCAAGCAGGAGUCCAGAUGGGCAAUGCAUGCUGGGAGUUGUAUUGUCUGGAGCAUGGUUUCCAGCCAGAUGGGACCAUCCAUGCGAACACUGCUCCUCAAUUGACUGACUCAUCGUUUGGCACCUUCUUCAGUGAGACUGGGGCUGGGAAAUAUGUUCCCAGGGCCAUCUUCUUAGAUCUGGAGCCUACUGUUGUGGAUGAGAUCAGAAAUGGCCACUACCGUCAGCUGUAUCACCCUGAACAACUCAUCAGUGGCAAGGAAGACGCUGCCAAUAACUACGCUCGUGGCCAUUACACCAUCGGCAAGGAGAUUGUGGACUCUGUCAUGGACAGGAUGCGUAAAAUGGCUGACCAAUGCACUGGACUACAAGGGUUCCUCAUCUUCCAUAGUUUUGGCGGUGGGACCGGCUCUGGUUUUACUUCCUUGUUGAUGGAAUGCCUGUCUGUGGAUUACGGCAAGAAGUCCAAACUAGAAUUCUCAGUCUACCCUGCUCCCCAGGUGUCCACAGCAGUGGUGGAGCCCUACAACUCCAUCCUGACCACCCACACCACCCUGGAGCACUCUGACUGCUCUUUCAUGGUGGACAACGAGGCCAUCUUUGACAUCUGCAAGCGUAACCUGGGAGUGGAGCGGCCAUCUUACACCAACCUGAACCGCCUCAUCGCCCAGAUUGUCUCCUCCAUCACAGCCUCCCUACGCUUCGAUGGAGCUCUCAAUGUAGACCUGACAGAGUUCCAGACCAACCUUGUGCCUUACCCCCGUAUCCACUUUCCCCUGGUCACCUAUGCCCCCAUCAUCUCAGUAGAAAAGGCCUACCACGAGCAGCUCUCUGUCCCCGAGAUCACCAACGCCUGCUUUGAGCCGGCUAACCAGAUGGUGAAGUGUGAUCCCAGACGCGGCAAGUACAUGGCCUGCUGCUUGUUGUACCGCGGCGACGUGGUUCCCAAAGAUGUCAACGCAGCCAUCGCCAGCAUCAAGACCCGGCGCAGCAUCCAGUUUGUAGAUUGGUGUCCCACUGGGUUCAAGGUGGGGAUCAACUACCAACCGCCUACGGUGGUUCCUGGAGGAGACCAGGCCAAGGUCCAGAGGGCUGUGUGUAUGCUGAGUAACACCACAGCCAUCGCUGAGGCUUGGAGUCGUCUGGACCACAAGUUCGACCUGAUGUAUGCCAAGAGAGCCUUCGUGCACUGGUACGUGGGUGAGGGCAUGGAGGAGGGGGAGUUCUCUGAGGCCAGAGAGGACAUGGCUGCUCUGGAGAAGGACUAUGAGGAAGUGGGGGCAGACUCUGGGGACGCCUGUGAGGAUGAUGAAUACUAAAUCCUGAUUGACAGUCCUUUUUGGUUUACAGUAACGUCUAAUAAAAACAAAUGUUUUGAGUUGUACUUUUCAUACAUCACUGUCAUUUAGAGUUUUUUUUAAAAAGAUGGCUUGGUUGGCAGCUGGUUGUAACUUGGUUGAAGGGUCACAUGAUGGGUUAGUUAAAUUUUUGUGGGAGAUGGUGUUAUAGAGCAAAUUACUUAAAGGGAAAGUGUCACCUGCUGAUUGGUCCUCAUUAUUUUUUUGCCUUGCUGAUCAUACUAGUGGCCAUAACAAAUGUUCCCUCCAAGCUGUGCGCAGGCAUGCAGCUCCCCUCAAACUGCCGACACUGAUAAAUAUCAGCAUGCACGAGACUGCACUCUUCUCCACUUUCUAGUUUCCCCCUUUUUUUUAAACACUAGCAAUGUUUUUCUCUGCUGUGGGAAUUGUCAAUGUAGUAUAACGACACAAUUAACCUUGGUGUAGUCUUGGUGUACAAACUUGAAGGCAUUGGUGUAGGAUUCUAUUGCAUGACUCCGGCAGAACUCUACAGGCCAGCGCACC